AUGUCCGUCGAAGGCAAAGCUGAAAUCGGCGAAAAAGCACCAACUUGGACUUGCAAAGCCGUCGUUGAUGAAGAAUUUGUUGAUAUUUCUUCAAGCGAUUACAAGGACAAAUGGUUGAUUCUGUUCUUCUACCCGCUGGAUUUCACCUUUGUCUGUCCAACCGAGAUCAUCGCCUUUUCCGAAGCGGCGAAAUCCUUCCGCGAAAUCAACUGCGAAGUGGUUGCUGCAUCAUGUGACUCGCAGUUCACCCAUCUUGCCUGGAUGAAUCAACCGAAGAAGGAAGGGGGUCUUGGCGAAGUUGAUAUUCCCAUCAUUGCUGAUACCAAUCACGCUCUUUCAAAAGCAUUUGGAGUUUUGAAGAAAGACGAAGGCAUUCCAUACAGAGGAUUGUUCAUCAUCGACAACAACGACGUUAUCAGGCAAAUUACGAUCAAUGAUCUCCCGGUUGGAAGAAGCGUUGAUGAAGUCAAACGACUCGUCAAGGCCUUCCAAUUUGUGGAUAAGUUUGGGGAAGUCUGCCCAGAAAACUGGCAGCCAGACGCGAAAACAAUCGUCCCGACUGUUGAAGGCUCCAAGAAAUACUUCGAAGAAGUCAACAACUGA